AUAAUAAAGCCCAGAUUCCCUUUCGCGCUGUCAGUGCGUCUCAUUCAUCUCGUGGCUCUGUUUCUGCUUCGUAAAGCCUCACUCUUACUAUCGCUUCUUUUUCUGCUUUGCCAUUGCCAAUUUGCCCAUGGCUUCCUUCGUCCAUGCUAGCUGGCUGUAUUUGAUUACACAUUUCAGUGAUUUUCAGCUGGCAUGUCUGGGAAGCUUUUUUCUUCAUGAAAGUGUCUUCUUCUUAUCCGGACUUCCCUUUAUAUUUAUUGAAAGGGCAGGUUGGCUGAGCAAGUACAAGAUUCAGACCAAAAACAACAGUCCUGCAGCACAGGAGAAAUGCAUUACUCGCCUACUUUUAUAUCAUUUUGGUGUCAAUCUACCAGUUAUGCUUUUUUCAUACCCUGUAUUCAAAUACAUGGGCAUGCGAAGUAGUCUUCCAUUGCCGUCCUGGAAAGUAGUUCUUGUGCAGAUAAUAUUCUACUUCAUCCUCGAAGAUUUUGUAUUCUACUGGGGUCAUCGGAUUCUGCAUACAAAGUGGCUGUAUAAGAAUGUGCACAGUGUCCACCAUGAAUAUGCUACACCAUUUGGACUGACAUCUGAAUAUGCUCACCCUGCUGAAAUACUGUUCCUUGGAUUUGCUACUAUUAUUGGUCCAGCCAUCACUGGCCCCCACCUCAUAACUUUGUGGUUAUGGAUGGUUCUGAGAGUUCUGGAGACUGUUGAAGCACACUGUGGUUACCAUUUCCCAUGGAGCCUUUCCAACUUUAUACCUCUGUAUGGGGGUGCUGAUUUCCAUGACUAUCACCACCGCUUGCUAUAUACUAAAUCUGGAAACUACUCAUCUACUUUUGUCUAUAUGGACUGGGUUUUUGGCACCGAUAAGGGUUACAGAAAAUUGAAGGCGCUGAAGAGUACUGAAGUUGAAGAUGGUAGCAAGCAAAUGUAAUGUUAGAGAAGAUUCUUUCUAUAUUAGCUUGACAUCAGAAAAUGGGUUCCAGAUAUAAUGGAAGUUCUUUCUCCCCUGCCUUAGGCCUUUUUCUUGUGUGCAACCGGGCUUUUUGUUUUAGUUGAUGUGUUCAUGUUACAGCAUGUGGUAGUGUGGAUCAGUGGAAAGCUUUCAUUGGACAUUCUAUGUCCUGUUCCGUUGAUUGAAUGAAAUUGCUUUCCCAUUUUAAGCUUC